AUGUAUCAAAACCUUGGACGCACACCCAACUGGGACACUUGCUUCAACCAACUCCAACUCACUGAGGAGAACCUGCAAUUACACACCGCUACACACAAGAAGGUUGACAGCGCUUGUCAAAUGGAUGACCAACUCUACUACCGAUACGAUGGUGACUUCGCCGAGUCAGACGACGGCAACGUGGAAACCCAAAGAGAGACCAUCGCUUUGAGGAGAGCCGCGUCACUGGAGGUGUUGAAGGCGUACGGUGGAUGCUUCGCUUCCGGCUUCCUCGCUCUUCAAGAACCCCUCCCAUCACGACCGAAAUCGAAGCUCAGGUCAUACGAGAGCGCGUACAGCGUCGACAUGUCAAGAACCGCCUCAAACGCCACAUCACUCGAGACAGCCUCAACUAGCUGGAGCAGCAACAUCGACACGCCACGACCAGACUCAUCAACUCUGGGCGUACCCGUGCAAGAAAUGGAGAAGGGAUCAAAGUGGAGCUGGAGAGGCAUGAGGAGAAGCCGAAAGCAGGCAGCAAAGAAGCUCGAAGUUUAA